CCGACAGCGGUCAGGCAGCCGUCGUCGUUGUGUCACACAAGUUGGACCAUGUCUGCGAGUGUGACUUUCUACAGAGGCAACGUUUCCGUGAUGUCCGUUCCCGCGGCAGAGGCGUUUCCGUGGUGGCCAAACUGAAGACUUUAAGGAGCCUGAGACUUUCCCCAGACUUACACUCCCCCUCCCUCCCCCCACCCCACACACACACACCUCACUCCCGUUAUCAUUCAGACUAAGUAACUCCGCCAUGGCACACAGCGCUUCUGUUUCGACUUGGGCAUUUGUUUUUAGUUUUUACUUCGGCGUGUCAAAAUGUUAUUUCGCUAUACCGCUCAAAAUAUGCGCAGGGAGAUACAAUAUAUCCUCGGCGGUGGAUUUGACCCGACGCGUCCCCUCAACGUCUGAUGGAAACGGCUUGUCUCUGGCCUCUGAUCCAACCGGUACCGUGAACUUUCUGGACAUGGUCAAUAACCUGCAAGGGGACUAUGGAAGAGGCUACUACAUAGAAAUGUCAAUUGGUACUCCUGGUCAAACGGUAAACAUCCUGGUGGAUACGGGAAGUAGUAACUUCGCCGUGGCUGCAGCGCCGCACCAAUUUAUUUCUCACUACUUCAACACGGCGCUCUCGGAUACCUACCAGUCAUCUGGCCGGACUGUAACUGUCAGGUACACUCAGGGCAACUGGGAAGGUGAACUGGGCACUGACCGUGUCUCCAUUCCCAAAGGCCCAAAUGGGACUGUCACCAUCAACAUAGCUGCCAUCCAGUCAUCUGAUGGCUUCUUCCUUCCUGGGAUCAACUGGCAGGGCAUCCUGGGACUGGCCUAUCCCCUGCUGGCAAGGCCUGACUCGUCCGUGGAGCCCUUCUUCAACUCUUUGGUGCAACAGCUGGGAAUUCCUGACAUCUUUUCCCUCCAGAUGUGUGGCACUGGCAUUUCAGCCAGCAGCACAGUGGACCCCCUCGUCGGCAGCCUUAUCAUGGGAGGGGCUGAACCAACUCUGUAUCACGGGUCGGUGUGGUACACCCCUAUAGUGGAGGAAUGGUACUACCAAGUGGAGGUUUUGAAGCUGGAGGUCGGCAACCAGAACCUGGAGCUGGACUGCAGAGAGUAUAACAUGGAUAAAGCGAUAGUUGACAGUGGGACCACGCUGCUGCGUCUUCCUGUCAACGUCUUCAAUGCGGUGGUAGAAGCCAUCACGCGCAGCUCUCUGAUCCAGGACUUUUCUUCUGGGUUCUGGGAUGGCAGCAAGCUUGCAUGCUGGAUGAAGGGAGAGAAUCCCUGGAGGUUUUUUCCUAAGCUGUCCAUCUACCUAAGGGCCACAAACACCAGCCAGUCCUUCCGCAUAACCAUCCUGCCUCAGCUGUACAUUCAGCCAAUCACCGAUGUGGACGGCACGUUGGAAUGCUUCCGUUUUGGGUUGUCUUCGUCGGCUAACGGCCUGGUGAUCGGCGCGACUGUGAUGGAAGGCUUCUACGUGGUGUUCGACCGUGCCCAGCGGAGACUGGGCUUUGCGCUCAGCAGCUGUGCAGACGUGAGACAUGCAACAAUCCGUCCUCCAUCUCCCCGCAGCGAGCGACGGAGAGGCUCUUUCAGAGAUCUCAGGGCCGUUCUCAGCGGCAGACGUGGCGGCCAACUGCUCCGGCGGCCCGCUGAAGGAGCCUCUGAUGUGGGUGAUCUCCUACGCCCUGAUGGCGGUCUGCGCGGCGGUCCUCAUCAUCCUGUUGCUCCUGCUGGUCCUGCCCUGGCGAUGCAGGAACCGCGCUGGAGAGAUCACCGACGAGUCCUCUCUGGUCCGGCACCGCAUCAAGUGACUGAGGGGAAAGGGGUGGGCGGACGGGCCGGGCAGCCGGCAGCGCCCAUCCACAGCGCAGCAGAGCGGGGUGAGGCACCAAACAGUGACACGCGCCUCCGAAUGUCUGACUAAUUCCAAUCUGCAAUCAAUGGCUUGGCCCGUGGAGAUGGACACAGACAGAUCAACCACCUCUUGACAGGAUAAUCCACCCCAAAAACUCUUCCUCAAAACGUCUAUCGGUGACGGAUUUACGGUGCCAAAUUCUUGCUGAACGGUGACUAUUGCUUAUUCCCCCCAUCAUGUCAUGUGUGACACAGGGGAAGACAUUCAGCUUAGUAGUAGAAGGAGAAGCGAUGCUUUUUCUCCACUGACUGGUGAGGCAGUAACGUGAUGUCGCUACAGAGCAGUUCUUAGUCAUGGGGAUGAAUUCAUUUUUCUCGACUAUUAGUAUUGCUCUCCGCGAAACGACAGACACAGACAGAGGGGUGAACCAAAGUAUAAAAGACUAAACGGCACACCAGAAAUGACGCAUGACUGUAUCACAAUAGCGAAGGGUGGAAUCUUCCUUAUUGACGCUCACAGGACAGCAGGUGGAGAGGACCUUAAUUAAACUCCGGUGCCUUCUUUUAACAAUAUAAAUGUUACUGAUUUCCUUUCCAGGAAAACUGUAUUAUUCAUGUCCAGAUACGACCUCUGAAGAUGUCCCUUUCCAGUCCAAUCCGUGAAGGAAUGUCUCUCGUGCCUUCUUGUCGUUUGAUGUUUACCUCCUUUACGGAGUCACAUUGCCGCCUGUGCAUGUUGAAGUUAUGGGGAGAAGCUGCUCAAACGAUCACUGAUGAUGGGAAGAGGUUCCACGCGUUGACAGUGGCUGUAGUGCCUUUUUUAAGCUCUGCUCACUGCGAAUACAAAAUGAUAGACAGUAUCAUCAGUUUGAGACUUACUCUGCUGAAUUGCACUUUGUUUCUUAAGUCAAUCAAUAUUUCACAAUCUGUUAUGCAAUUUGUUGAAAUAAUUUAAUCUUACUUAUUCUAUAUGUCAAAGUUUAUAAUUAAUUAUCUUUGAUGCGAUUGUAUUAUUCCAAAUGUUUGCCUUUUAGACACUAGAUAUUCAAGGGUACAUAUUUAUGACUCCAUAUUUUAUACAAACACUAAAUCUGACACAUUGGACGCACAUGUUCAUUCGGGGUAUUCUGGGUACCUGUGGACGACAGUCGGCUUGAAAAUCUGAACAACUUGUUGGCAACACAAAGUUGUCAAGCGUUGUGUUAGAGUAUCAGUGUUAAAACUGCACAAAUGUGUCACUGUCUGCCUAAAUGUAGAAUUGACAAAUUGAAGCUACACUUGAAUCUUUGAAGUGUAUUUUCUUUCUGUGCCAAAAUUGUACUGUGGACCAAAUUAAAGAGGUAAGUCUUUUUAAAUAAAGAAAUGUGUGUUUUUGUGAAAAUGAUCCAGUUGCAUGUGACCUGUGGUUUUAUGUUGAUUUAUUGAUAUCACUUUAAAUUAAACGAAACACUUCAACCGUAUUUACAAAGAAUAUAAUAAAGACUUUCAUACAAAUGUA